CGUUUGAACGAGGGAGCGGGAGCCAGCGAGAGCAACCAGCCGGGACGGGGGUUUUGUGUUGCGGCCGGAGCAGCUCAUGGCUUCGGUGUUGAUGUGCGGGGUGGAGGAUCUGCUGUUGGGCGGGAGCCGCUUCCUCUGGACGGUGACGGUGGCAGCGCUGCGGCGGUGGUACGCUGCCCGGCUGCGGGCAUGCCGGCAAGCCCUGCGAGCGUGGUGCGGCCUCCGCGAUGUCUACCAGAUGACAGAGGGCCGCCACUGCCAGGUGCAUCUCCUCGAUGACAGGAACUUGGAGCUGCUGGUUCAGCCCAAACUUUUGUCUCGGGAGUUACUGGACCUGGUGGCCUCACACUUCAACCUCAAGGAAAAGGAGUAUUUUGGGAUAACCUUUAUAGAUGAUACAGGUCAGAGUGUCUGGCUCCAGCUGGAUCACCGAGUCCUGGACCAUGACUUGCCCAAGAAACCGGGCCCGGCAACUUUGUACUUUGCCGUUAGGUUCUACAUUGAGAGCAUUUCCUUUCUCAAGGACAAAACUACUGUGGAGCUGUUCUUUCUGAAUGCCAAGUCCUGUGUGCACCAGGGGCAGAUUGAGGUGGAGAGUGAGACCGUCUUCAAGUUGGCAGCUCUGAUUUUGCAGGAAGCUAAAGGGGACUAUUCCAGUGAUGAAAACACUAGAAAAGACUUGAAGACACUGCCUGUCUUUCCUACCAAGACACUGCAGGAGCAUCCAUCCCUCGCUUACUGUGAGGACAGAGUAAUUGAGCAUUACACACAAAUUAAAGGUCUGACCAGAGGACAAGCCAUUGUUCAGUACAUGAAAGUGGUAGAAGCUUUGCCAACAUAUGGAGUUCAUUAUUAUGGAGUAAAGGAUAAACAAGGAAUCCCUUGGUGGCUUGGAAUAAGUUACAAAGGAAUAGGCCAGUACGACUUACAAGACAAAGUUAAGCCCAGAAAACUAUUCCAAUGGAAACAGCUGGAAAAUCUCUAUUUCCGUGAAAAGAAAUUUGCUGUGGAAGUGCACGAUCCCCGCAGAAUUUCGGUGUCAAGAAGGACCUUUGGUCAGAGUGGACUGGUAGUGCAAACCUGGUAUGCAAACACUUCCCUGAUCAAGUCCAUCUGGGUGAUGGCAAUCAGUCAACACCAGUUCUACUUGGACAGAAAGCAAAGCAAAGCAAAAAUUCCUUCAGCCAGAAGCUUGGACGAUAUUGCCAUGGACCUGACCGAGAUGGGAACACCAAAAGUUUCAAAGCUAGUGACUCUGGAGGCCAAGAACCAGUUUAUUAUGGCCAGCAAUGGUAGUUUGAUCUCAUCAGGCUCUCAGGAUUCAGAGGUCAGUGAAGAACAAAAGAAAGAAAAAAUUAUGGAACUAAAGAAGAAAGAAAAAAUGCUUCAGGAAAAACUCCUUCAGAAAGUUGAGGAGCUGAAGAAAAUCUGCCUGCGAGAGGCCGAGCUGACAGGCAAGAUGCCCAAGGAGUAUCCUCUGAAUGCUGGAGAGGAACCUCCCCAGGUGAGGAGACGUGUUGGCACAGCCUUCAAGCUGGAUGACAACCUGCUCCCGAGUGAAGAGGAUCCUGCUUUGCAGGACUUGGAGAGCAAUUUUAUCAUACAGCAAAAGCUGGUGGAGGCUGCCAAGAAACUUGCCAGUGAGCCAGACAUCUGCAAAAAUGUGAAGAAGAAAAGAAAGCAAGAGUAUACUGAUGCUGUAAAAAAACUGCAAGAGAUAGAAAACUCCAUAAAUGAAUAUAGAAUCAAGUGUGGCAAAAAACCAACCCAGAAAUCAACUCUUACUCUACCAGAAGAUAUAAUUCCAUCUGAGAGCAGCUCCCUGUCUGAUACAACCACCUAUGAUGACGUCAGUGAAUCACUUCCUGUGCCAGCACAGAGACCCAGCUCUGCACAGCUCUCUCCAAGGCUUCCUCCACCAAAGUCCCUCGGGGUGGAGAGAAUUCAUCUCAGAAAGUCAUCCAUAAACGAGCAGCUCUUGGAAUCCAGAUACUCCAGGGACCCUCUGUCGACUCAGAGCAGCCCGUACCGCACGCUGGAGCGGCCGCCGCAGCUGCAGGGCGGGAGGAGCAUGCCCACCACCCCCGUGCUCACACGCAAUGCCUACAGCAGCAGCCACCUACAGCCGGAUGUUUCCCCGCACCACUGCCGGCAGCGCAGCGGGAGUCUGGAGUCCCAAACCCAGCUGCUGUCGGAGGCUCCUGCCGAGAAGGCAGCCUUCACCCUCUCCAAGGCCCAGCGAAGCAGCAGCACAGAGAUCCUCGAUGACGGGUCGUCCUACACGAGCCAGUCGAGCGCAGAGUAUUACUGCGUGACGCCGACUCCCAGCCCCUAUUACACCACUCAGACGCUGGACAACAGGACCAGGGGGCGCAGACGCUCCAAGAAACACAACAUUUCCGCCGCCAGUUCAGGCAGCAUGCCAAACCUUGCCCAGAGGGAUGCCCGCAAUGGUGUCUACCACAAAAGCCAGGAGCAGCCUUCCUCUAGUUACUAUAUUUCUGGGUAUUGCCCAUAUGCUGAGCCUGAGGUUUAUUUCACUGGAGGGGGCUACAUCUACGAGAGCGACACGGAGGGACAGUACAGCGUGAACCCAUCCUACCGCUCCUCGGCGCACUGCGGCUACGAGAGAUACAGGGCUUACCACGAGGAUGACGUAGACAGAGUGCCACACAACCCGUAUGCAACCCUAAGGCUUCCCAGGAAGCAAGUGGCUAAAACGGAGCAUAUAACCAAAAACAUUCACAAGGCCUUAGUAGCUGAGCAUCUCCGUGGCUGGUACCAACGUGCCUCCGGUCAAAAGGAACAGGGUCAUGGCCUGCAGGCAGGCUUUGAGUCUGACAGAGGAUCCCAAAGGAGUUUGGGCUUUGCUGGUCUGCAGGUGCCGUGCUCUCCCAGCAGUCGGGUGUCGUCGUUCUCCUCGGCAUCUUCUGCAAACACCGCUGGGAACUGGCGAAACCCUCUUGCGCUGGGACUUUCAGACUACGACGUGUUGUCUCAUUCCUCUUACUCCAGCUGUUAUGGGAAUGUUUAUGGCAACCUUCCUUUGCAGAGCAGGACGUACGCGGAGCAGAGCCCGCUGGGCGGUGGGGACGAGAGCCGGCUGGAGGGGGACGGGCAUGGCAACGAGCAGAGGCUCUUCUGGCACGAGGACUCAAAGCCUGGAACGUUGGUGUAAGCCUCCUGCAGCCCCACAUUCCUGCCCUCCCCCCGUGCCUUGCACAAGAUGCCGGGACUCCGAGGUGGAUCUCGGGUGGAACUUCCAAACCGAAGGAGCAAAAGGAAGCAGGGCUGUUCUGCUGGGAGAGAUGGAAGUCAGCACCAAGAGGGACUGUAGCAGCAGGACAGAGCCUCACCACGAAUGGCACUUCUGAAUCCAGACAGCCUACACAAGCAAGGGCAAGCCACAGUUUAAUCUAUGCCUAGAUGCAGCACUUGGUUGAAGUAUUUAUAUUUAGCAAGCACUUUUUUGGAAGGUUGGAAGGUGUUGAAGUCAAACCUUGGAGAAAAAGAAAAUGUGAAAAGGAGACUUUUAUGGAAAACCCAGGAAUUCUAGGAGCACAGUUCUGAUGUUUGAAAUAAGAAGAAAUGAAAAUGCAUUCUGCUAUGGCUUAUGAUGGCCUGGAAGGACUUUCAUAAGCUUAUGAAGGAUAGACUGCGUGUGUGUGAGUGAGGCCAAGGGUGACUUAAUCAGUAUUGGAACAUUACUUGAAGGAAGCCUGGAUAUUUUUUUUCAUUAGGAAGGUUUGAAUGAGUUUCUCUAUUUUUUGGGGUGUCAUUUAGAGCGCUUGUUAGCACCACAAGCAAGUUCCACAAAGCAAAGAGUUUGCUGACACAAUAUAUCGUGUGAAACCAUGGGUGGUUGUGUGGAUUUUGAAAACAGAAGCAGUGAACUCACUUUUCCAUGAUGAAGUGUCAUUAAUAACCUCCUGUGUAAUGCCCUUUCCAUGGUACAACUCCCCUGUGUGGAGGAGUGGGCAGAGCUUCACAGCAGCCCGGUCCGUGGGGUGAGGGUCCCGUUGUGCUGUGCCACGGUGAGCCGGGGACCUGCCGCGGGCAGCUCGCCGCAGAGCAAACGGCAUGAUUGGCACGGCCAGUAUUUUCAGGUGAAUGCAAACACCAACAGCCAAGUGGGUGCCUUAAACUGAGGGGCAUUAGGAUGGUGCCGCGAGUGCCCUGAACUGCCGGGCGCAUCGCGGAGCCGCUGAGGGACAGGACAGCGCGUUAGCAAAACCCUUUGUGUAGGAAAGAAGUGCGACUGCAAUCUUCAGUCUCGACCCAAGAGGGAUAAACCCACCUCCUGCCACCCCUCUGGGAACCAACUGGCACGAGGUAGCUGAUGGGAUUUCCAGCAACUCGUUUGCAUGCGGUAAACCCUCUCUGGUUUCUCAGCUGUACUGUGCUUCAGGAUUCCAUAAAUGGUGCUCUCUUGUUUUUCUUUUAUACAAAGGAUUCGUUACUCCUUGUCCAUAUUGUGAAUAGAAAAGUUUCUGAUCAACUUUUUUGACCUUUUUUACCAAUAUCCCAGAGCAUGUAAUAUAUACAGAAGGACACAUUUGUUAAGCUGGUACUUAGUCGUUUGUAUGAUUAGAGUCGCGGUUUGGAAUUGAAAAGAACAGAAACAAAACGAGAAGUAACUUAUUUCCUUGGGUUUGCAUAUUUGUAUAGGCCUCUAGAAAUGCGAAAGCUCUUUUUGCUUAUUCUUUUACUACUUCUGAAUUUUUUAGACCUAUUGUUUUGUAUAGGUCAAUAAACUAAAAAGUGUGCUACCAAAACCA